AUGGACCAGGCCGUCGCCGGCGCUGCUGCGGCCCCCGGGCCCACCGGUCCGCCCGCCCCAGACUUAGGCCAGCUGGGCCAAUGGAUGGCGGAACAGCAGGUGCGGCUCCUGCGAGACCUGACCGCUCAACAGCAGGAGUCCCAGGCCACCCUCCUGCGCGGGUUGGCCCAAGCCCUGGGCGGAGGAGGGGCCGGCGCACCGCUUGGCCCAAGUCGAGGGACCCCCUUCCAGUUGACGAAGCUGGGAGAGACGGACGAGAUCGAUGCCUAUCUGGAGGCGUUCGAACGAACCGCGGAGGCCGCCCAGUGGCCUCAGGCCCAGUGGGCCUUCAUCCUCGGACCCUACCUGACGGGAGAAGCUCAAGCGGCCCUGCGAGCUCUGCCCAAGGAAGAGGGCGCCGAUUACCGGGCACUCAAGGCUGCCAUCCUCGACCGCUAUGAAGUGACCCCAGACUCUUACCGUCUCAAGUUCCGCGCUAUCACCUAUCGGAAGGUCGACCGGCCGCGGACCCUGGUCAACGCCCUCUGCGACGCGGCUCAUCGCUGGCUACGACCCGCGACGGAGGGGGAGAAGGGGAUCGUAGAUCAGGUAGUUCUGGAGCAACUACUGAACAUCCUCCCGCCAAAGGCCCGACAGUGGGUGGCCUGCAGCCGGCCAGCGACCCUGAAGGAGGCCACCGCGCUGCUCGAGAACUUCACGGCAGCAGCCGACCCCCGGGAACCCCCCCGCGAAGGGGGCAGCGGAAGUCGCCCCCAGGGUCCGGGCUUUCGGGGACCCGAAGCCCCCCGUACCGGAAGGGCCCGACCGGGCAAUCGAGAAGGCUCCAGCGGUCCCAGCAGGCCAACGCCAUCGGCGCCACCACGCGAGGGCCUGUGGGGUCGCCCCCCACCAGGCCCCAACCGAGACGGGGCGCCAAAGACCGCCCGGGAAAACGAUGACCGGGGUCCCUGCUUCCGGUGCGGCCAGCGCGGCCACUACAUACGUGACUGCCCUCUGAUGGAGUGCGACGCGGGCUGGGAAGAGGCCUUCCCGGCUACAACUCCGCCUCCCCGGCCCCCGCCACUCCUGAUUCUGGUGGAGGUGUCGGGACGGCGGUUGUCGGCGUUCCUGGACAGCGGCAGCUCGGUGUCCAUGAUCCGCACCCGGCUGCUCCCCGCCGGGCUACCGGUCGUCCGGACCGCCACGGUGGCCUGCUUCCACGGCCACUCUGAAACAUACCCAGUGGUCCGCGUCCCCUUAUCAUGCCAGGGGCGGACCUGGGAGGUAGAGUUGGCCAGGGUCACCAACCUCCCCUACCCCGUACUUCUGGGCCGAGAUGUUCCUGAGUUCCACCAACACCUACAAGCCGCCCGGGGCCCCGAGGAGGCCCUCCCGGUGGAGAGACAGGACAACCAGCCGGGGCCCGCCCCGCCUCCAGGGGCCGACCUCCCUGACUGGCCUGCCGACCCAACGUUCGUCGCCAGCCAGACCGCCGACCCUACUCUCGAGAAGCUCCGAGACACAGUGGCGGUGAGUGAAGGGAUCGUACGGGACCCUCGGCGGGCGGGGAGACUGCCGCGGAUAGUCCAAGAAGGGGGCGUGUGGUACCGACUCACGACGGAGCGGGGUAGGGAAGUCCGCCAGCUCUUAGUGCCCCGGGAGUAUCGCGAGAUCGUCCUGCGGCACGCCCAUGAUCAUAACUGGGCUGGACAUCAAGGACCUCAUAACACGCUGGCCCGGGUGCUGACACGAUUCUUCUGGCCGGGGGUAGACCAGGCUGUCAAGAGCCACUGCCGGACCUGCGAGACGUGCCAACGGACUUCGGGGAGACACCCACCGCGGGCCCCCCUGGCCCCCUUGCCUGUGAUCCACAGCCCCUUCGAGAGGGUAGCUAUGGACUUUGUGGGACCCUUACCCCGGACCUCUCGGGGCCACCGCUUCAUCCUUGUCCUCAUGGACUACGCUACCCGAUACCCUGAGGCUAUACCCAUGCGGACUAUGCAGGCCCCGGGGGUGACCCGAGCCCUUAUUCGGUUUUUCGCCCAAGUGGGGUUACCCCGUGAGAUCGUCACGGAUUGUGGGACACCCUUCACGGCCUCAAUCACCCGCCAACUAUGCCGCACCAUGGGGAUACGCCAAAUUUUCACGUCGAUCUACCAUCCCCAGACAGACGGCUUAGUGGAGCGGUUUAACCAGACCCUGAAGCAGAUGCUCCGGAGGCUCGCCCACGACCGACCCGCCCAAUGGGACCUGUUCCUCGAUCUUCUCCUCUUUGCCGUACGAGAGUCGCCCCAGGCAUCGACGGGGUUCACUCCGUUUGAGCUAGUAUAUGGACGCAACCCACGCGGGAUCCUGGAGGUAAAGGAGGGGCAGUGGGCCACGACCCCGGCCCGACCGGGCCAGCCGGCCCCCGAAUACGUCCGGGGACUCAGAGAGCGCCUGGAGACCGUUCGCUCCUUGGCUCGACAGAACCUGGAGAAAGCCCAGGCCACGCAGAAGGCCCGCUAUGAUCGGGGAACCCGGGCCAGGACCUUCCUCGAGGGCGACCGGGUUCUAGUGAGCCGCCGGGUCUUUGGACCGUCCAAGCAAGGGGACCCCUGGCAGGGCCCCUUCCGAGUCAAUCGAGUGUUAGGAUCCCAUUCCUACGAGGUGCAGUGUGGGCCAUCCCCUCGGCAGAACAAACGCCUGCACGUCAAUGAUCUAAAGGAGUGGUGCGAACGAUCGGCGGGGGAAUGCCAGCUGGCCGAUGACCCGUUGGAACCACCAGACGGGGAGCUCCCCUGGACGACGCGCCAGCCAGAAACCGCUUCCCCAGGGAUGGACGCUGCCCUAAGCCCCCAGCAACAAGAGCAACUCCGAGCACUCCUGGACGAAGUACCAGGCUGCUUCUCGACCCGGCCCGGACGCACCAAUCUAGCAGAGCACGCCAUCCCCACGGCCCCGGGGCAGGUCGCCCGAUCGACGUGGAGACCCUUGCCCAGGAAACAAUGGGACGCCGUAGCCCGCGAGGUAGAUGAGAUGCUACGCCUAGGGGUAAUCCGUCCAUCAACCAGUGAGUGGAGGAGCCCCAUCGUCCUCGUGCCAAAGCCGGACGGGUCAGUGAGGUUCUGCGUCGACUAUCGGGAGGUUAACAAGGUAGCGAAGUUUGACGCAUACCCGAUGCCCCGGGCCGACGUCCUGAUUGACCAGUUAGGCACAGCCCGCUACCUCUCGGCUCUAGACCUGACAAAGGGGUACUGGCAGGUCCCCAUGGCGCCGGGGGACCAGGAAAAGACCGCGUUCGCCACUCCCCAGGGCCUCUUCGAGUUCCAGGUGAUGCCCUUCGGGCUGCACGGGGCGGCGGCCACCUUCCAGCGCUUGGUGGACCGGGCACUAACCCACUGUCAAGGAUUUGCCACCGCUUACAUCGAUGACAUCCUGAUAUACAGCCCAGAUUGGACGUCUCACCUUCGCCACCUCCGGCUCGUGCUUCAGGCUCUCCGCGACGCAGGCCUCAAAGCCAAUCCCACGAAGAGUCGUCUCGGCUUCCAGGAGCUCAAGUACCUGGGAUUCCUGGUAGGACGCGGACAGUUGCGUCCCCUACCAGACAAAGUGGCCUCCCUCGAGGCUUGCCCCCGACCGGGGACGAAGAAGCAGCUGCGCGGGUUCCUGGGGCUCGUCGGCUACUAUAGUAAGUUCAUUCCCCAGUACGCCAGCCGCGCCAGCCCCCUAACCGACUACUUGAGGAAGGACCAGCCGAACCGGGUCCAAUGGACACCCCAGGGCCAACGUGCCUUCGAGGACCUGAAGGCCGCCCUGUCCGCGAGCCCCGUACUCCGCAACCCCGACUUCGACAAGCCCUUCAUACUGCAAACAGAUGCAUCGGAUGCAGGGCUCGGGGCUGUCCUGUCGCAGGAGCACGAAGGUCAAGAGCACCCCGUCCUCUUCAUUAGCCGGAAGCUGCAGCCCGCCGAGCAAAAAUACGCCGUUGUCGAGAAGGAGGCACUGGCAGUUAAAUGGGCCGUCGGGGCCCUCCAAUACUACCUUGUCAAUAACCCCUUCACCCUCGUGACGGACCACGCCCCCCUUCUCUGGAUGUCCCGGCUAAAGGACCAUAAUGCUAGAGUCUUACGGUGGUAUCUAUCCCUUCUUCCCUUCAGCUUUACGAUCCGCCACCGCCCGGGGAAGUUGCACGCCAAUGCCGACUUCCUCUCCCGGAUGUUCGCCGAAGACGGAAGGCCCGGCACGACGCUCAGGGGGGUGUGUGUCCGAGGGGCGGCGGUGCCACGCCCUCGGACUCCGCGACCCCCACCCCCUCCCUCGCCCCCGCCGGCGAAGAGACCUACCUGCGGCCCCUGGAGACGGCCGGGAGACACGCCGGGAGGAACACCGGCGCGGCCACGGGAGCGCCGCCCAGACGAGGAGGCCCCUUCGACCCCCCGGCGGAGCUGA